GACGGCGGGUCAACAGUCAGGCGCUGCGGCUUUCCGGACGCGGGAGGCCCGGCUCUGCGGUGAGUGCGGCUUCCUUCUGCAGGUCGCCGAGCAUGGCUCUCCACCGCUGGGUGGGCGAGCGAGCCUCCUUCGGCCCCGAAAGCAGUUCGGCCGGCGUUGUAAGAACUCCUGUGUUCUCAGGGCCGCCCGACUCCCGCUCGCUGCCCCAGUCCUUGCUUGGUCUUGGACUUGUAUUACAGUUUUGCUUUCUUUUCCUUUCGGUUUAUUUUUUUUUAUCAGCCCAGGCUGGUCUCGAACUUGCGGCAGUUAUCCUGCCUCAGUCUCCUAGGUGCACCACCUCGGCUGUCACUUAAGAUUUUCUGCAGGGUUUUAAGCUAUUUAUAGCCCUCAAGAGCCUUUAUGUUCUCCCAUGUUCCCAUAGAAAUAAGCCCAGACAUGAAGAUCUGAACAUUUUUAUAAGAAGAUGCAGUUUGCUUGGAGUACACAUACACAAUGAAUAGUUACAUAAAAUCCUGAGUUUUCGAAAAGAAGACGAGUAUGGUACAUUUGUGCAGCAGAAAAGCCGUGGUGAAACAGGGUUCUUGUAUUUGUGAUAACAGAAGAAAGCCAUGUCUCCAAUUGACUCAUUCUUAAUUAUAAUAGACUUAUAGUGAAUUGGGCCUUAAACACUGGCAGACUUUAUAAAAUGCAGUCUAAGAUUAUGUACAAAAUACUGUCUGUUGACCAGAUGUAUUAAAAUGAUAGACACAGAAUUAAGGUGGUGAUAUAUGAGAUUUAUAUAACAAUGAGAGAGUAAUAGUUUAUGCUUUAAGCACUGUUUAUUUAUAACAAAUCCUGUAGUCUUAGUAGAGCUGUGCUGACUUCCCUGGAAGUUAUGCAGUUGAUGUAACCCACUUUAGAGAGUCCUGUGAUAAUGAUGAGCUGUAUGACAUUAGUUCUGAGGAAAUACAGGAUGCAGACUUCAGGUCCUUUCCUUUGCUAGGAAAAGAAGUAGUUCAGACAUCAGAUUUAAGUCCUUAAAGGGAAAAGAGCCCGCAUAUAUACAGUCAGCAGUUGCCCUAUAACUAAUAACGAGAAGUAGGUUCUGGGUCUAUAGCUCUCGGGUUACCCAGAAGAGUUCAUGUGAUUUCCCAGAGAGUCCCGAGCAGUGUCUUGUCAUAUGAGACAGAUUUGUCCUGUGAGUGUGAACUCAUCAGUUCAGUCAGAAGACCGUGAAUGUGUCCAGUUAGCUGUCUGCUGUCUCAUUCCCGUCUAUGGUAGAGAUCUUGUGUGAAGUAGUGAGGAGCUUCAUAUGGAAGUUUAAGCUGCCAGAAAUACUAUUACUAUUCCUGCACAGAACUCUCCCAGAGACUUGUCCAGGGUGCCUUACCCCAGUAAACUAACGGUAUAAUGGAGAAUAGCACAGUCUUGUCAAAUUGGACAAAAGAAAACAAAGAAAAAAUGAAGUAUGACUUUUCAUGUGAACUCUACAGAAUGUCCACAUACUCAGCUUUUCCCAGGGGAGUUCCUGUCUCAGAGAGGAGUCUGGCUCGUGCUGGCUUUUACUACACAGGUGUCAAUGACAAGGUCAAGUGCUUCUGCUGUGGCCUGAUGCUGGACAACUGGAAACAAGGGGACAGUCCCACUGAGAAGCACAGACAGUUCUAUCCCAGCUGCAGCUUUGUGCAGACUUUGCUUUCAGGCGGUCUGCAGUCUGCAGCUAAGAACACGUCUCCUGCGAAAAGUAGAUUUGCACACUCGCUACCUCUGGAACAAGGUGGCAUUCAUUCCAGCCUGCCCUCAAACCCUCUCAAUUCUAGAGCAGUGGAAGACUUCUCGUUGAGGAUGAAUCCCUGCAGCUAUGCCAUGAGUACAGAAGAGGCCAGGUUUCUUUCUUACAGUAUGUGGCCAUUAAGUUUUCUGUCCCCAGCAGAGCUGGCCAAAGCAGGCUUCUACUACACAGGGCCUGGAGACAGGGUGGCCUGUUUUGCCUGUGGUGGGAAACUGAGCAACUGGGAACCGAACGAUGAUCCUCUGUCAGAGCACAGGAGACAUUUUCCCCACUGUCCAUUUCUGGAAAAUACUUCAGAAACGCAGAGGUUUAGUGUAUCCAAUCUCAGUAUGCAGACACACUCUGCUCGGAUGAGGACGUUUCUGUACUGGCCAUCGAGUGUUCUUGUUCAGCCUGAGCAGCUUGCAAGUGCUGGAUUUUAUUAUGUGGAUCACAAUGAUGAUGUCAAAUGCUUUUGUUGUGAUGGUGGCUUGAGAUGUUGGGAACCCGGAGAUGACCCCUGGAUAGAACAUGCCAAAUGGUUUCCAAGGUGUGAGUUCUUGAUACGGAUGAAGGGUCAGGAGUUUGUUGAUGAGAUUCAAGCUAGAUAUCCUCAUCUUCUUGAGCAGCUGUUGUCCACUUCAGACACCUCAGAAGAAGAAAAUGCUGACCCUCCAGUUGUGCAUCUGGGCCCUGGAGAGAAUUGGGAAGAUGCAGUGAUGAUGAACACACCUGUGGUUAAAGCAGCCUUGGAUAUGGGCUUCAGUAGGAGCCUGGUGAGACAGACGGUUCAGCGACAGAUCCUGGCCACUGGUGAGAACUACAGGACGGUCAGUGAUAUUGUCUCAGCACUUCUGAAUGCUGAAGAUGAGAGAAGAGAAGAGGAGAAGGAGAGACAGAGUGAAGAGACGGCAUCAGGUGACUUGUCAUUGAUUCGGAAGAAUAGAAUGGCCCUCUUCCAACAGUUGACGUGUGUCAUUCCUAUCCUGGAUGAUCUUCUUGAGGCCAGUGUACUUACAAAGGAGGAACAUGAUAUUAUCAGACAGAAAACACAGAUACCCUUACAAGCAAGAGAGCUCAUCGACACCAUCUUAGUCAAGGGAAAUGCUGCAGCCAGCGUCUUCAAAAACUCUCUGAAGGAAGUCGACUCUACGCUAUAUGAACACUUAUUUGUGGAGAAGACGAUGAAGUAUAUUCCCACAGAAGACGUUUCAGGCUUGUCAUUGGAAGAACAGCUGCGGAGAUUACAAGAAGAAAGAACGUGUAAAGUGUGUAUGGACAGAGAGGUCUCUAUCGUUUUCAUUCCUUGUGGUCAUCUGGUAGUCUGCCGGGAAUGUGCCCCUUCCCUGAGAAAGUGCCCCAUCUGCAGGGGGACAAUUAAAGGGACUGUGCGUACGUUUCUCUCAUGAAUGAAGGAAGCUGUCUGAACAAAGAAUUACUGAUUCAGCUACGCAGCAGAACAUAUGUGCUCUACUCUUUCAAGAUUAAUAAUCUUGCUUUAUGUCAUAUUGUAUAUUUAAUCUUAGUCUGUUGCAGGGGAGGGUCUAUGCUGAUGAGCUACAGGAGUGUGUAUGUCCCAGAGCAGGAGUGGGGAUGCUUGCUGUGUGUCCUCAGGACUUCCUGGAUUUGGGAUUUCUGAAAACUUUGGAUUCAGGUGAUGUGGAACUCAGAAAUCCUGAAACCAGUGGUCCUGGCACUCAGCAGUUAGCCCUGUGCUUCUUGGUGCUUUUCCCUUCUGGAAAAUAAGUAUUUUUCUGUUACUAGUAAAUAAUAUUUUCUGUUUAUGAGAAACAUACUGAAGUUUUUUUUUUAAAGGCUUGCAUCAUCAGUGUGUGUAGGAAUGUAUGCAGGCAGAACACUGUGUACAUAAUAAAUCUUUUAAAAAUGUU